AUGGCACAGUCAGUGCUGGUACCGCCAGGACCUGACAGCUUCCGCUUCUUUACCAGGGAAUCCCUUGCUGCUAUUGAACAACGCAUUGCAGAAGAGAAAGCUAAGAGACCCAAACAAGAGCGCAAGGAUGAGGAUGAUGAAAAUGGCCCAAAGCCAAAUAGUGACUUGGAAGCAGGAAAAUCCCUUCCGUUUAUUUAUGGAGACAUUCCUCCAGAGAUGGUGUCAGAGCCCCUGGAGGACCUGGACCCGUACUAUAUCAAUAAAAAAACGUUUAUAGUAUUGAAUAAAGGGAAAGCAAUCUCUCGAUUCAGUGCCACCUCUGCCCUGUACAUUUUAACUCCCUUCAACCCUAUUCGAAAAUUAGCUAUUAAGAUUUUGGUACAUUCGUUAUUCAAUGUGCUCAUUAUGUGCACUAUCCUUACCAACUGUGUAUUUAUGACCAUGAGUAACCCUCCAGACUGGACAAAGAAUGUGGAGUACACCUUUACAGGAAUUUAUACUUUUGAAUCACUUAUAAAAAUACUUGCAAGGGGCUUUUGUUUAGAAGAUUUCACGUUUCUACGGGAUCCAUGGAAUUGGUUGGAUUUCACAGUUAUUACUUUUGCGUAUGUAACAGAAUUUGUAAACCUAGGCAAUGUUUCAGCUCUUCGAACUUUCAGAGUAUUGAGAGCUUUGAAAACUAUUUCUGUAAUUCCAGGCUUGAAGACCAUCGUGGGGGCCCUGAUCCAGUCGGUGAAGAAGCUUUCAGAUGUAAUGAUCCUGACUGUGUUCUGUCUGAGCGUGUUUGCACUAAUAGGACUACAGCUGUUUAUGGGCAACCUGCGGAAUAAAUGUUUGCAAUGGCCCCCAGAUAAUUCUUCCUUUGAAAUCAACAUCACUUCCUUCUUUAAUAACUCACUGGAUGGGAACGGUACCAUUUUCAAUAGGACAGUGAGCAUGUUUAACUGGGAUGACUAUAUUGAAGAUAAAAGUCACUUUUACUUUUUGGAAGGGCAAAAUGAUGCACUGCUUUGUGGCAACAGCUCAGAUGCAGGCCAGUGUCCAGAAGGAUACAUCUGUGUGAAGGCUGGUAGAAAUCCCAACUAUGGCUACACGAGCUUUGACACGUUUAGUUGGGCCUUCUUGUCCUUGUUUCGUCUCAUGACUCAAGACUUCUGGGAAAACCUUUAUCAACUGACACUACGUGCUGCUGGGAAAACAUACAUGAUAUUUUUUGUGCUGGUCAUUUUCUUGGGCUCAUUCUACCUUAUCAAUUUAAUCCUGGCUGUGGUGGCCAUGGCCUACGAGGAACAGAAUCAGGCAACACUUGAAGAGGCUGAACAGAAAGAAGCUGAAUUCCAGCAGAUGCUUGAACAGUUAAAAAAACAACAGGAAGAAGCUCAGGCAGCAGCUGCAGCAGCAUCUGCUGAAUCAAGAGACUUCAGUGGUGCUGGCGGAGUGGGGGUUUUCUCAGAGAGUUCUUCAGUAGCAUCAAAGUUGAGCUCUAAGAGUGAAAAAGAGCUGAAAAACAGAAGGAAGAAAAAGAAACAGAAAGAACAGUCUGGAGAAGAAGAGAAGGAGGAUGGAGUCCGCAAAUCUGAAUCUGAAGACAGCAUAAGAAGAAAAGGUUUUCGUUUUUCCUUAGAAGGAAGUAGGCUGACGUAUGAAAAGAGGUUUUCUUCUCCACACCAGUCUUUAUUGAGCAUCCGUGGCUCCCUUUUCUCUCCAAGACGCAACAGUAGGGCGAGCCUUUUCAGCUUCAGAGGGCGAGCAAAGGAUAUUGGCUCGGAGAAUGAUUUUGCUGAUGACGAGCACAGCACCUUUGAAGACAAUGACAGCCGAAGAGACUCUCUGUUCGUGCCGCACAGACAUGGAGAGCGGCGCCACAGCAACGUCAGCCAGGGCAGCCGUGCCUCCAGGGUGCUCCCCAUUCUGCCCAUGAACGGGAAGAUGCACAGCGCUGUGGAUUGCAAUGGAGUGGUCUCCCUGGUCGGAGGCCCUUCUGCCCUCACGUCUCCUGCUGGGCAGCUCCUGCCAGAGGGCACAACUACUGAAACAGAAAUACGAAAGAGACGGUCCAGUUCUUAUCAUGUUUCCAUGGAUUUGUUGGAAGAUCCUACAGCAAGGCAAAGAGCCAUGAGUAUGGCUAGUAUUUUGACCAACACCAUGGAAGAACUUGAAGAAUCCAGACAGAAAUGCCCACCCUGCUGGUAUAAAUUUGCUAACAUGUGUUUAAUUUGGGACUGCUGUAAACCAUGGUUAAAGGUGAAACAUCUUGUCAACCUGGUCGUGAUGGACCCAUUUGUGGACCUGGCCAUCACCAUCUGCAUUGUUUUAAAUACACUCUUCAUGGCCAUGGAGCACUAUCCCAUGACAGAGCAGUUCAGCAGUGUACUGUCGGUCGGGAACCUGGUCUUCACUGGGAUCUUCACAGCAGAAAUGUUUCUCAAGAUCAUUGCUAUGGAUCCAUAUUAUUACUUUCAAGAGGGCUGGAAUAUUUUUGAUGGUUUCAUCGUGAGCCUUAGUUUAAUGGAACUUGGUUUGGCAAACGUGGAAGGAUUGUCAGUUCUCCGAUCAUUUCGACUGCUUCGAGUUUUCAAGUUGGCAAAAUCUUGGCCAACUCUGAACAUGCUGAUAAAGAUCAUUGGCAAUUCUGUGGGGGCUUUGGGUAACCUCACCUUGGUGCUGGCCAUCAUCGUCUUCAUCUUUGCCGUGGUCGGCAUGCAGCUCUUUGGUAAGAGCUACAAAGAAUGUGUCUGCAAGAUUUCCAAUGACUGUGAGCUCCCGCGCUGGCACAUGCAUGACUUCUUCCACUCCUUCCUGAUUGUGUUCCGCGUGCUGUGUGGAGAGUGGAUAGAGACCAUGUGGGACUGUAUGGAGGUCGCUGGCCAAACGAUGUGCCUUACUGUCUUCAUGAUGGUCAUGGUGAUUGGAAACUUAGUGGUUCUGAACCUUUUCCUGGCCUUGCUCUUGAGUUCAUUCAGUUCUGACAAUCUUGCUGCCACUGAUGAUGAUAAUGAAAUGAACAAUCUCCAGAUUGCUGUGGGAAGGAUGCAGAAAGGAAUUGAUUAUGUUAAAAGAAAACUACGUGAAUUUAUUCAGAAAGCUUUUGUUAGAAAGCAGAAAGCUUUAGAUGAAAUUAAACCUCUUGAAGAUCUAAAUAACAAAAAAGACAGCUGUAUUUCCAACCACACCACCAUAGAAAUAGGCAAAGACCUCAAUUAUCUUAAAGAUGGAAAUGGAACUACCAGUGGCAUAGGCAGCAGUGUAGAAAAAUAUGUCGUGGAUGAAAGUGAUUACAUGUCGUUUAUAAACAACCCCAGCCUCACUGUGACUGUCCCAAUUGCUGUUGGAGAAUCUGACUUUGAAAAUUUAAACACUGAAGAAUUCAGCAGCGAGUCAGAUAUGGAGGAAAGCAAAGAGAAGCUAAAUGCAACUAGUUCAUCUGAAGGCAGCACAGUGGAUAUAGGAGCUCCUGCUGAGGGAGAACAACCUGAGGCUGAACCUGAAGAAUCGCUCGAACCUGAAGCCUGUUUCACAGAAGACUGUGUACGGAAGUUCAAGUGUUGUCAGAUAAGCAUAGAGGAAGGCAAAGGGAAACUGUGGUGGAACGUGAGAAAAACUUGCUAUAAGAUAGUGGAGCAUAACUGGUUCGAAACCUUCAUCGUCUUCAUGAUUCUGCUCAGCAGUGGGGCGCUGGCCUUUGAAGAUAUAUAUAUUGAGCAGCGAAAAACCAUUAAGACCAUGUUAGAAUAUGCUGACAAAGUUUUCACUUACAUAUUCAUUCUGGAAAUGCUUCUCAAGUGGGUUGCAUAUGGUUUUCAAGUGUAUUUUACCAAUGCCUGGUGCUGGCUAGAUUUCCUGAUUGUCGAUGUCUCAUUGGUUAGCUUAACAGCGAAUGCCUUGGGUUACUCAGAACUCGGUGCCAUCAAAUCCCUCAGAACACUAAGAGCUCUGAGGCCACUGAGAGCCUUAUCCCGGUUUGAAGGAAUGAGGGUUGUUGUCAACGCUCUCUUAGGAGCCAUUCCAUCCAUAAUGAACGUGCUUCUGGUUUGUCUGAUCUUUUGGCUGAUAUUCAGUAUCAUGGGAGUGAAUCUCUUUGCGGGCAAGUUUUAUCACUGUAUUAACUACACCACCGGAGAAAUGUUUGACGUAAGCGUGGUCAACAACUACAGCGAGUGCAAAGCCCUCAUAGAGAGCAAUCAGACUGCCAGGUGGAAAAAUGUGAAAGUAAACUUUGAUAAUGUGGGACUCGGAUAUCUUUCUCUGCUUCAAGUAGCCACAUUUAAGGGAUGGAUGGACAUCAUGUAUGCAGCUGUCGAUUCACGAAAUGUAGAAUUACAACCCAAGUAUGAAGACAAUCUGUACAUGUAUCUUUAUUUUGUCAUCUUUAUUAUUUUUGGUUCGUUCUUUACUCUGAAUCUCUUCAUUGGUGUCAUCAUCGAUAACUUCAAUCAACAGAAAAAGAAGUUUGGAGGUCAAGACAUUUUUAUGACAGAAGAACAGAAGAAAUACUACAAUGCAAUGAAAAAACUGGGUUCAAAGAAACCACAAAAACCCAUACCUCGACCUGCUAACAAAUUCCAAGGAAUGGUCUUUGAUUUUGUAACCAAACAAGUCUUUGAUAUCAGCAUCAUGAUCCUCAUCUGCCUCAACAUGGUCACCAUGAUGGUGGAAACUGAUGACCAGAGUCAAGAAAUGACAAACAUUUUGUACUGGAUUAAUCUAGUGUUUAUUGUUCUGUUCACUGGAGAAUGUGUGCUGAAACUAAUCUCUCUUCGUUAUUACUAUUUUACCAUUGGCUGGAAUAUUUUUGAUUUUGUGGUGGUUAUUCUCUCCAUUGUAGGCAUGUUUCUGGCUGAGCUGAUAGAGAAAUAUUUUGUGUCCCCGACCCUGUUCCGAGUGAUCCGUCUUGCCAGGAUUGGCCGAAUCCUCCGUCUCAUCAAAGGAGCUAAGGGGAUCCGCACGCUGCUCUUUGCUCUGAUGAUGUCCCUCCCUGCGUUGUUUAACAUCGGCCUUCUGCUCUUCCUGGUCAUGUUCAUCUACGCCAUCUUUGGAAUGUCCAACUUUGCCUAUGUUAAAAGGGAAGUUGGAAUUGAUGACAUGUUCAACUUUGAAACUUUUGGCAACAGCAUGAUCUGCCUGUUCCAAAUUACCACCUCUGCUGGCUGGGAUGGAUUGCUAGCACCUAUUCUCAACAGUGGCCCUCCAGAUUGUGACCCUGAAAAAGAUCACCCUGGAAGCUCAGUUAAGGGAGACUGUGGGAACCCAUCUGUUGGGAUUUUCUUUUUUGUCAGUUACAUCAUCAUAUCAUUUCUGGUUGUGGUGAACAUGUACAUCGCCGUCAUCCUGGAGAACUUCAGUGUUGCUACUGAGGAAAGUGCAGAGCCCCUGAGUGAGGAUGACUUUGAGAUGUUCUACGAGGUCUGGGAGAAGUUUGAUCCUGAUGCCACUCAGUUUAUAGAGUUCUCCAAGCUCUCUGAUUUUGCAGCUGCCCUGGAUCCUCCUCUUCUCAUAGCAAAACCAAACAAAGUCCAGCUCAUUGCCAUGGACCUGCCUAUGGUCAGUGGGGACCGGAUCCACUGCCUUGACAUUUUAUUUGCCUUUACAAAGCGUGUUUUGGGUGAGAGUGGAGAGAUGGAUGCCCUUCGAAUACAGAUGGAGGAGCGAUUCAUGGCAUCAAAUCCCUCCAAAGUCUCCUAUGAGCCCAUCACAACCACUUUGAAACGCAAACAAGAGGAGGUGUCUGCUAUUGUUAUCCAGAGGGCUUAUAGACGCUACCUCUUGAAGCAAAAAGUUAAAAAGGUUUCAUGUAUAUAUAAGAAAGACAAAGUCAAAGAAGGUGAUGGAACACCUAUCAAAGAAGAUAUCCUCAUUGAUAAACUAAAUGAGAAUUCAACUCCGGAGAAAACCGAUGUAACACCUUCCACCACUUCGCCACCUUCUUAUGAUAGUGUGACCAAGCCAGAAAAAGAAAAAUUUGAAAAAGACAAAUCAGAAAAGGAAGACAAAGGGAAAGAUAUCAGGGAAAGUAAAAAGUAA